CUGCUUGGUUCUUUCUUCUUUUCUACUCAUUAGCUUCGAAAUCGCUGCGGGUCUUGAUUCUUGAAUCCGACACUACCAAGCUAUUAUGACUGGCAUGAAUCAGGAUGAGUCAACUCCUUCCUCCUGCCGUGCGUCGGACAUUCAGAUAUCCUCACAUUUACACCAGAAGUACCUCCAUCAAGGAGGGAUCCCCAUUCCCUUUGGGUGUAGUGGUACAAUUUGGUUUUGCCAUCUGCAGGCUGCCGUGUGCCGUGCCCGUCCUGUCGUUAAUUUCAGCCUCCAUGGCCAUCGGGCUGGGAGUCAUGAAUUUAUGGGAUGAUUGUCGGCGGUCACGACUCACCACCUUUAUCGGUCAAUUAGCAUCAACCGUACGAAGGUUGCAAUGGCCAAUGGACUACCUAUAAGGUAUUGACCAUCGUUCUCCUUCAACCCACCUCCACCUCGGAGCAGAUCUCGGGGGCCAAGGCCGUGCUUUACCCAGCUAUGAGCU